AUGACGCACGACCCUGACGUUCUGAUCGUGGGUGCGGGCCCUGUUGGCACGUCUCUUGCUCUGGAGCUCGCGCUUCACGGAAUCUCGUUCCGCAUCAUUGACCGGGAGCCGGUCCGGAGCAACAAGAGCAGAGCACUGAUUAUCCAACCGCGCACAUUGGAGCUUUUAAACCGCCAUGGCGUCGCAAACACACUCAUCAGCCGAGGCCGCAUCCUUCGCGGCGGAGAGGUGUACAUCAACAAACAGCUUGCUUCAAAGCUCGCUCUCGAUGACCUCGGCACCACUGACACCGAGUUCCCGUUGCCUUUAAACGUCUCACAGGCUGAGACCGAAGGCUUCCUGGACGAGUGUCUCUCCAAGUACGGCCAUAGUGUUGAACGCCCCGUCACUGCUACCAGCAUCACUCAGGAUGACAGCGGCGUGACCACAAUUGUCAAACUACCCGACGGGACGAGCGAGACGAUACGUUCCAAGUAUGUCGUCGGUUGCGACGGCGCCCACAGCGUUGUCCGCCACGCCUCCAAAAAGAUGACGUUCCCGGGCGGCCCUUACCCUCAGAAUUUUGUCCUCUGCGAUGUUCACCUGCACGACACGAAUAUUCCCCUGGACCGCCUAACUCUACAUCUCGAUGACAAGGGCAGUCUCGCUACCCUCCCCCUCAGCAACGAUCUCAUCCGCGUAAUUGCCUCCCGCAUCUGGGUGGGCUCCGAAGACGAUGACGAGCCCACCCUCGACCAACUGCAGGCCUAUUUCACCUCCAUGACCUCCCCGGGGUCCGGCAUCCUCCACGACCCUGUCUGGCUCACCCGCUUCCGCCUGCACCACCGUUGCGUCAACCAGUACCGCGACGACCGCCUCUUCGUGGCCGGCGACGCAGCCCACAUCCACUCUCCAGCUGGCGGGCAAGGCAUGAACGCAGGCAUCCAGGAUGCGAUCAACCUGGGCUGGAAGCUGGCCCACGCCCUCACCCUGCAAUCAUCCCAGCUUAAGCCCUCCGCAUCUGACGAUUCUCGAAGCCUCGCAUCAGCCUCAGUGUCAGCCUCCGCGGCCGCGGCCGACGCCCUCCUCGAUACGUACAACCUCGAGCGGCGCCCCAUCGGACUCACCCUGCUGCGAGGCACAGACCGCAUAUUUUCCUUCUUCUCGGCACCCACCCCCUGGUUCGUGCCCUUGCGCAAUUUCUUCUUGCGCCGUGUCAUGCCCUGGGCCAACCGCAGUCGCUCGAGGCGGAAGCGGGUGUUCCAUUUCAUAUCGCAGUUUGGCGUCACCUACCGCGGCACGAGCCGCAUCGUCGGCGAGGCGAGUGACGGAUGGUUUGGUUGGCGGGCGAAGAAAGUGAGAGGUGGUGAUCGGCUGUUGGAUGGGAAGAUUGUCAAUCGACAAGGUCAGGAGACGAGUUUGCAGAGGGUUUGCAAGGGCACACCGCAUCAUCUGCUGCUGUUUGCGGGCGAGUUGGGGGAGCAAGAGGCCGCGACGGCAGCUCAGAGGGUGGUGAGCGUGUGCAAGGCCAAGUUGAGUGUGCAUUACAUCGCUCGGGGUGACAGGACUGUUCCAUCGGAGGAGUGGUACAGUGACCCCGAGGGCGCGCUGCAUGACAAGUUCGGGUUUGGAACCAAGCCAGGCUAUGUGUUUGUCCGUCCUGACGGAUAUUUGGCGCACAUUGGGCCUCUGGCGAAGCUGGAUCAGUUGCUUUCGUUCCUCGAGGGUUACCUAGUUUCCCCUGUGGUCAUUCCCUCUCGUUCCCCCUUGUCUUUUGUUGUUUCUCCAGCUGUUUGGGCGGUGGUCUGUGCAUACCUGGUCACCAAGGCCGUCACCAAGUUGUCCCGGUUGAUUGCUCAAAGGUCUUGA